UGUGAAGCGAUACCUUGUGAUCAAUUUGAGGUUGCAUUUCAAGCCGUUGAACUCUGGAUCGCUGACCGUGCAGUUCUCCCCGUCGAGAACUCUCUCGGAGGUUCCAUUCACCGGAACUACGAUCUCCUCCUCCGUCACCGUCUCCACAUCGUCGGAGAAGUUCAACUUCCGGUCCACCACUGCCUAUUAGCACUUCCAGGCGUUAGAAAAGAGUACCUAACUCGAGUCAUAAGCCAUCCACAAGCCCUAGCUCAGUGCGAACUCACUCUCACAAAGCUCGGCCUAAACGUAGCUCGCGAAGCCGUCGAUGAUACCGCCGGAGCCGCCGAAUACAUAGCUGCAAACAACCUCCGCGAUACAGCCGCGAUUGCAUCCGCACGCGCCGCGGACCUCUACGGUCUCCAGAUCUUAGCGGAAGGUAUCCAGGACGACUCUAGUAACGUGACUCGGUUCGUGAUGCUAGCUCGUGAACCGAUCAUUCCUCGAACCGACCGGCCAUUCAAAACAAGCAUCGUAUUCGCCCAUCACGAAGGAACAAGCGUCCUUUUCAAAGUUCUAUCGGCGUUUGCAUUCAGAAACAUAAGCUUAACGAAGAUCGAGUCACGGCCGCACCGGAACCGGCCGAUCCGAGUGGUCGACGAUGCGAAUGUAGGAACGGCGAAGCAUUUUGAGUACAUGUUCUACGUAGAUUUUGAAGCUUCAAUGGCGGAUGUUAGGGCUCAGAAUGCGUUGGCUGAAGUUCAGGAGUUCACAUCUUUUUUGAGGGUUUUGGGAAGUUAUCCAAUGGAUAUGACUCCUUGGUGCCCUUCCCGUGAAGAUUAAUUCAAUGAAUAAAAUAAUUACUUUUGUCUAUUUUGUAAUUAGUAUUUCCAAAGAAGGGAAAAGAAAAGGAAACACCAUUUACAUUAAAAAAAAAUUUCCCUGCUUUGUGUUUUUUAUUUUUUAUUGCUUUAUAGUUUGUGGAGGUAUAGUUUAUGUUUCCUUCAAAUCCGAAGGUAAUUACAUGUUUACUACUUAAAUCUCUUUCAAAAUUGAUGGUAAAUGUUAAUAAUCCUUGUAAAUGUUAAUACUCAAAAUUUUCCAGUUUGCUA